UACAAAAUACUGUUUUUUGAACAAUUUGGAGCGAGGAAAUCCGAACGGAACCACCUGUGUCAUGACAGUUCCCUGUACGAUGUGGGCUCAUCAAAUUUCAACUGUUGUAGGCAAUCUGCAUAAAAUUCCCUUUGAUAGUAAGCUAAGUCAAUCUCUAAAUCAGGAUUUUAAGCAUGGCAAGACCUCUAGUGUUUGUUUACGUUUUCCUUGUUUUCUUAACGAUUUCGACGUUAAUUUACGAAGCCAUUCUUCCCUGUUAUUCAAGUAAUCAUAGUUCUACUGAAAGAGUGUCCUUGCCAAAGCAUCCGAUUUUUUUCUCAAAUAAUUCGUAUCUGCUCGCCACCAAAGAACACACACUGACGCUCACCAUACGCAUGGCAGCCGCGCCCAAACUAAUCCGGCGUCUAUACUGUGACUUUCUACGAUCUGCCGUGUUGUUCUGGUCAUCAAAGCUGGGUCACAUCAGUGUGAUAUUAGACAAGGAAUCGGCAGCCGAUCAUCAGUUGGCAGCUCGACUGAGUCAGCAAGAGCACGCGUUUGGCGUCAAGUUUGAUUUCAUUUACGAGCCUCUCCCGAACGAUAUCUCGAUCUUGGAAAUAGAGAGAGAUCGGGGAUACAGCCGCCAACUAUGGAGCAGUUUUUUCAUGGAUCUGUACAUCAACGCAUCCAUCAUCGCUUGGAUUGACACGGAUGGAAUGUUUACAACACCUGUCACCAGUGAAAACAUCUUCAAUGGCCAUCAGUUGCGAGUUGUAACUUUCACUGACUGGAGCAUUCCCCGUAGACAUGGCUGGGACAAAACAACCAAACUUGCUAUGGGAAAGAAUCUGGUGGCGGAUUUCAUGACAUAUUUUCCCGUUUACAUCUGGAGAGACACAAUAAGGAAAUGCAGAGAACACAUUCUCCGUCACAUGAAUGUAUCCAACUUUGAGAACGCCUUUAGAAAACUGAAGGUAAAGAGGGCUAGGGUCAGUCCCGUCAACAUUUUGUUGAACUACGCUUUCUACUUUGAGCAUGAUCGCUAUGAUUGGCACCUGGACGUCAACAACAACCUGGAAGCUUACAACUCCCAACAUGUUCAACCCGGUUUCGAAAUCAAACCCAAUGAGACCACUCCAGAUGUUCGAGUCACGGUGCACGCAGGGAGGCACUUCUUGAAGUCUCCGAAUCCGUUGCUGCAGGGAUAUUGUAUUGCUAAGAGGCACGUUGGUACGCCACCUGCUGCCUGUAAACGGUUUGAACAUAUCACAAACUUUCAGCUGUUCGAAUUUCUGGCAGAGAGAGGUGUCUCUUUCAACCACCUCGCCACCUGGUGCUCGCCUAAGGGUGAUGGGCGCACGGACUGCAGCCGACGGAUCGAAGCGCAUUACAAGAAUGUUGGCAGAUAUUAUAACUUAGGAUGGUUUGAUCUCGAUUUGCGUCGAGUAUCUGCUGUUGAGAAAGCAGCCGCGCUCGGGAAUGCAACUUGUCCCAAAAUAUUUGAUUUAAUUGAUUAGCACAUGAGCUUUGCGGCAAGGAACUGCGCAGUUCUCAUACCAACGAUUAUAUCGGAGAAUCUUUAGCACUUACAGCAGCGACUUAACCGAGGAAUUCCUCCAGUUUCUGAAAAAGGAAUGAUACUGUCUGAACACAUUCUACUUGAUUUUCGGUCAAACAAGGAUUCUACACAUACUCACAAAACUGAUUUCUCAGUCGCCCUUUAACAGGCAUGCAAAUAUUAAUCGCGCCCUUGACCUAUGACUGUUGAGAGCAUAAACAUAAUUUGGAAUUUCAGUGCACAUCGGUUGAGUUGUUUUAUUUUGUUAUUUUCGUAUCCAUGGAGCUCAGGACUAUAGCAUUUUCAAAAUUAUACAGUGUCAACUUUCUGUUUUAGUUAAAAUUUAACGGUUUGAAGACGUUCAUGCAGAUUAUUAAAAUGUUCUGUUCUCCUGCCAUUUUUUUUCCUUUAUCGCAUUUCUGAGUAGUUGUAGCUUCCCUCGUGCACCAUGGGCCGCCAUAAGCGUCGCAGCAACUGUUUGAAGCUAAAAGCACACACACUUAUCACGGAUGAACUUUCCAUAAUGUACAAUAUAACAUACGUUUCCAAGACAAAAUAAAAUUUUGUUUGCAAUUUCGUAUUUGGGUUAUUUCGUGUCAGACCAACACACUUUUUGACCUUAGGUCUUCAGAUUUUGAUAAAAAUUGCUGUGCUUGUAGACGUUGAUAAAUAAUAAAUACUUACGAGUUUUUAGCGGAAUCCGCACUUCCAUGUGGUCAGGGCAGAGAUCAACAAAGAUGGACAGCUGUCACUUAAAAGUCCAUCCUUUCAUUUUUAUUGAAUAUAUGCAAAUGUGGUAUCAAAAUAAUAGGAAGGGCAUGCUCUUUUCACUGAUGUGGAAAUUAAACUUUGUGAAUCAAGAGUCAAGAUGACAUUUGAUAUGUGUCAGUGACCAUUGACCUCAUUUUAAAAAUAAAGCAUCAUUUUGAUUUUUUUUUUAAAACCAAGUGUUUCUGAAAAUGUAGUUCCUGCUCUAAUAGAAUCCGCUUAAAUCUGUCCGAGGUGUUUGAAAAAUUGUUAUAACAAUUUUUCCACAGUUAGUCAACUUGGAAAAUGUCAAUUUGUCACGUAAUCCUAAUAGAGGAAUUUGAACUCAAGCAAUUUAAGCUCUAAAAUGAAAUUAACCCCAAGGUGUAUGUACAGGCAUAUUGAAAUUUGAAGAUUUUGGACUGUUAGGGUUAAUGACAUAUUAAUUAAAUGGUUUUCAAAUCGGUGGCGUAGUUAGGAUUCUAAUGGGGGCGCAAAAGGGGCACCAGCAUCUUACGGGGGCACAAAGUUUUCGUUAGCUUGUUCAAUAUCCAUUCAUCAAGGGGGGGGGCACCGGGAAUUACUGGGGGCACGUUCCCACCAGCUUCCCUCCCCCUCCCAUGGCUAUGCCACCGUUUCAGAGCCUGCAUCAUUUUGAAUUUGUUUUUUAACCAAGUGUUUUUGAAAGUGUGGUUCCUGCUCUAGAAGAAUCCACUUGAAUCUUUCUGGGGUGUUUACAAUUAAACAGUUAUGAAUAUGUCAAUUGUGUAUGUAAUCCUAAUAGAGGAAAUUGUACCCUAGCAAUUAAUGCUCUGAAAUGAUAUUAACCCUUAGGUGUAUUUACGGUCACAUUGAAAUUGGAAGAUUUGGGUCUGUUAGGGUUCAUGAAUUUUUAAUAUCUCUCACAAAAUUACCAUUUCAUUUGAGGAGCCCAUUUUAAUAUUAAUUACGGAUUUUGCCCUCGUAACGGAGUCUGUUUUUUGAUUGUAAACACCUCAGAAAGAUUUCAGUGGACUCUUCCAGUAAGAGCAGGAACCGCACUUUCAAAAAUACUUGGUUAAAAUACUGGUUCUGAAACGUUUGCGUAGCCACGGGA